GGGCUGGCCAAUAAGAAAGGAUAGUUGUGAGGUGAGGACUGCCUGCCCCCAAGAGUAUCAGGCUGUUGGGGUUAGGACCUCUCCUCACUUCCAUCCUGACUGCCGCUGGUGGGUCUGAGUCCAUAAGAGAGGGGCUCAGGAUGCUGGUGCUGCGAGCUGUUCUGCUGCUGUUAGCCCUUCCCAGCUGUGCUCAGGAAACCUCUGCUGCGGAAUCAGAAGUCCCGCUUCCGCUGCCCAAGGGGGCUUGUGCAGGAUGGAUGGCAGGUAUCCCAGGGCAUCCCGGCCACAAUGGGAUCCCAGGCCGAGAUGGCAGAGACGGCGCCCCCGGAGAGAAGGGUGAGAAAGGAGAUGCAGGUUUUGUUGGUCCUAAAGGUGACACUGGUGAAACCGGAGUGACUGGGGCUGAAGGUCCCCGAGGGUUUCCAGGAGUCCCAGGAAGGAAAGGAGAACGUGGACAAGAUGCUUUUGUGUACCGCUCAGCCUUCAGCGUGGGGCUGGAGGCCUAUGUCACAGUCCCCAAUGUCCCCAUUCGCUUUACCAAGAUCUUCUACAAUCAGCAGAACCACUACGAUGGCACCACGGGCAAAUUCCACUGCAACAUCCCGGGGCUGUACUAUUUCUCCUACCACGUCACGGUCUACCUGAAGGAUGUGAAGGUCAGCCUCUUCAGGAACGACAAGGCUGAGCUCUUCACCUAUGACCAGUACCAGGACAAGAACGUGGACCAGGCCUCUGGCUCUGUACUCCUCCAUCUGAGUGUGGGUGACCAAGUCUGGCUUCAGGUGUAUGGGAAUGGAGAGCAGGCUGGGGUCUAUGCAGACAAUGUCAAUGAUUCUACCUUCACAGGCUUCCUUCUGUAUCAUGAUCUCACUGAUCCCUCCUAACUGAGAGCCUCCAUCAGGUCACACAGCCCAGAAGUCAAUGAAAGUUUUCAGUCAAGCUUUCAGCAUAGUUACGAGAUUGAUUUUACUGUCUCUUUUGAGAGUUCUGAAUGUUAUCUCUAUGCAUUUAGACAUCCGUUCGUUCAUUCAUUCAUUCAUUCAUUCAUUCAUUCAUUCCUGUUUCCCUCCCUCUAAAAAUCACAUAGUACAUUGCCAGCCCUAAAGAAGACCUGGUCCCUCCAGGAGCUCUAUUGGACAGUAGUAAAAUUUGCUGAUGGAUUUCACACACAUGAUACGGCAACAAUUACAAGGAAGUAGUAAACGAUGCUUCAUUGAUGCCAAUCCUGUGAGGCACCUGGAAAAGAUAUAAAAAAGACAUUCUCUCUCUCUCUUUUUUCUUUUUCUUUUUUUUUUUUUUACAGUUAUGGUCGAGACAGUGAGUGAAUGUUCCAGGUCACAGCUCUUAAGUGGCAGAGUCCCAGACCCUUCCCACGAGCUACCCUUUUGUGAGAAGUACCUGGCCUCUUAGGAGUCUCAGUAGGGGUCUGUUCCCCACCUCUUCUCUGAAUUUGCCUUCAUCAAGUUAAAAGUUUUCCCCAGCAGAGCUCCCUUAGAGAAGAAGGUAUCACUGUGCACCCCUGGCCUGCCCUGGCUGUGGUUUCUCUUCCUGGUGUCUCCCCUCACACUCUUCCUCCCAGCGGGUUGAAGGGCCUGCAUUUCCCUGUGCCGUAUCCCUCUGCAUGCCUCACGGUCUCCUGGCUGGGAGCUUCUAAGAUGUCCUGCUAUCUUAGUCACUCUCUUGUCCCUGAGACUCAAGACCCAACACUGGCCACUUAAAGGAAGAUAGGUUUAUUUUGGCUUGUGAUCAUAGACUAGCUGGCUCCAAGACCAGAUGACAUGACACCAGAUGACAUGCUCACCUAGCCUGGCAGAUGGGAAGCAGAGGGUGACGGGAGUGGCUGGGAGGGAGAUGAAUCCUCAGAGAACAUAUCCUGGGGACCCACCUCUUCUGAGACCACUCCCCUCUCCCCCAGUACCAAGUCCACUGCAAAGCCCAUAAUCCUGUUUCCUUCUAAGAGCUCCACCUAGGAGUGCCCAAGCUCUGCAGGACCCUGUACUUCCAGUGCCCUCUGUGUUUAGCCACUGCUGGAUGUGGAGACAUCCACCCUGAGGGGAAGGGCAGCAUGGUGCUAAGGACCACAUCCUUUGCCUCUGAAUCCUUCACAAACGCCUCAUGGAGAACAAUCUCUUGAAGCCCAUGUCUACUUAGCAUUAACUCCUUUUCAAUAUCUCCACAGAACCAAUUUUUAUCUAAAAAAACACUUCCAUCUUAGGAGUAGCCUGGUGUGAAACAUUCCAUCUUUGUUCACAUAUGCAGCUGGAAUCUGUCCCACUGAGGUUAGGAAUAAUUGUGCUUUCUAAAACAUUCUCCCUCAAGCUUGAGCCUGAAACACAGAACCUAUGGAAGAAUUUGGAAGCCAUGCUUUCCAUUGGUACUGAUGAGUUCAGGGAAGAUUUGGGCCUCUGGAAUUUCUUCUUCUUUAAGAAUUACAAGUGGUUGGGCUGGGGAUUUAGCUCAGCAGCACAAGUGCCUGCCUGGCAAGUGUAAGGUCAUGAGUUUGAUCCCUGACUCUCUUAGGUGAUAAUGGCAUGUGUAAAGUUCUUCAGAGUUUUUAGAAAGAGCAGAAUUAAUAACACAAUAAAUGAGUAUAGGAAUACAAAAUCUUUUUUUUUUGGUUACAGUUUUCAGUACUGGAUGAUGCCCUUUUAUGUGUAUAUUGCUAUUCAUUAUGUGACUAUUUCUACAUAUAAAGCUUUGUCUUUUACGGUGCUUUCAUGUCAUUAUUUUUCUGCAAGCAAAUAUACUGUCCAGCAUUAAAAAUAAAAUAAUUUACUGCA